CACCCCCAUUUCUGCUACGACUCAGAUGCAGCCGGACAGGUGCAGGAGCUGCAAUGAAGACCCUCAGCCAGGCCCACAGCCGUGGGCUGCUCCUGCUGUCCCUGCUGGCUGUCCUGCAGGCCACCACUGCCACCAAGAAUGGCAUCGACAUCUACAGCCUCACCGUGGACUCCAAGGUCACCUCCCGGUUCGCACACACGGUGGUCACCAGCCGGGUGGUCAACAGGGCUAACUCGACACGGGAGGCCACAUUCCAGAUGGAGCUGCCCAAGAAAGCCUUCAUCACCAACUUCUCUAUGGUCAUCGACGGGGUGACCUACCCGGGGAACAUCAAGGAGAAGAAGGCGGCCCAGGAGCAGUACAGUGCCGCCGUGGCCCGGGGAGAGAGUGCAGGCCUGGUCAAGGCCACCGGGAGGAAGACAGAGAAGUUCCAGGUGUCGGUCAACGUGGCUCCUGCUGCCAAGGUCACCUUCGAGCUGGUGUAUGAGGAGCUGCUCCAGCGGCAGCUGGGGGUGUACGAGCUGCUGCUGAAAGUCCAGCCCCAGCAUCCGCUUAAGCACUUGCAGAUGGACAUUCAUAUCUUCGAGCCCCAGGGCAUCAGCUCCCUGGAGACAGAGAGCUCCUUCAUGACCAAUGAGCUGGCAGAGGCCCUCACCAUCUCCCAGAAUGAGACCAAGGCCCACAUCCAGUUCAAGCCCACCCUCGCCCAGCAGCAAACCUCUCCGGAGCAGCAGGGCAUAGCCCUGGACGGCAACUUCAUCGUCCGCUACGAUGUGAACCGGAGCCUCUCUGGGGGCUCCAUUCAGAUCGAGAAUGGCUACUUUGUGCACUAUUUUGCUCCCGAGGGCCUGUCCACCAUUCCCAAGAAUGUCAUCUUUGUCAUCGACAGAAGCGGCUCCAUGAUGGGCAAGAAAAUUCAGCAGACCCGGGAAGCCCUCAUCAAGAUAUUGGGUGAUCUCAGCCCCCAAGACCAGUUCAACCUCGUCGACUUCAGCAGUCAGGUCAAGAAGUGGAAGCCAUCCCUGGUGCCUGCCUCGGCUGAGAACGUGGACAAGGCCAAGAGCUAUGCUGCCAGCAUCCAGGCCCAUGGCGGGACCAACAUCAAUGGUGCCAUGCUGAUGGCUGUGAAGCUGCUGGAUGACGCCAACCGCAAGGAGCAGCUGUCUGCUGGGAGCGUGUCCAUCAUCAUCCUGCUCACGGACGGGGACCCCACGGAGGGGGAGACCGACCCGGAAAAAAUCCAGAAGAAUGUGCAGGAAGCCAUCGCUGGCCAGUACAGCCUCUUCUGCCUGGGCUUCGGCUUUGACGUCAGCUACGAGUUCCUGGAGAAGAUGGCACUGGAGAACGGCGGUCUGGCGCGGCGCAUCUACCAGGACUCCGACUCCAACCUGCAGCUGCAGGACUUCUACCAGGAGGUGGCCAACCCACUGGUGACAGCAGUGACCUUUGAGUACCCAAGCAAUGCUGUGGAGGAGGUCACACGGGACAACUUCCGGCUGCUCUUCAAGGGUGCAGAGAUGGUGGUGGCCGGGAAGCUCCGGGACGACAGCCCAGAUGUGCUCUUAGCCAAAGUCAGCGGGAAGCAGGCCAUGCAGAACAUCACCUUCCAGAUGGAGCCCAGUGUGACCGAGCAGGAGGCACAGUUCCGGAGCCUCAAGUACAUCUUCCACGGCUUCAUGGAGAGGCUCUGGGCGUACCUGACCAUCCAGCAGCUCCUGGAACAGAUGGUUUCCGCCUCAGACGCAGAGAAGCCCGCCCUGGAGGCGCGAGCGCUGGGCCUGUCGCUCAACUACAACUUCGUCACCCCGCUCACGUCCAUGGUGGUCACCAAGCCCGAAGGCCAGGAGCAGUCCCAGGUCGUCGAUAAGCCCUUGGAAAAGGAAGAGAGAGACAUGAGAACGCACCAAGGUCUUCCGUCAUUGAGACUCUUCAGCCCAGGCAUCUCAAGGCCCAGAAACAGAGGUAGCACAGGCCAUGUUAAGAAUUUCAAGGUAGCCGGCACGCCGUUGAGAUCAAUGGGACUGACCGACUCUACCCUUAUGCUUCCCUUCAACCCACCACUCAUCUCCAAAAUGAUGGUUGGUGCAGCAGGAAUGCCUGGUUUACCAUCCUCAGUGGAUUCCCUCCUGCCCAGUGACUUCCUCACUGUGGAGCUAGAAGCCCAAGAACUGGCCACGGUAGCUCCAACCCCAGCCUCCAUCCAGGCCCCGCCCAUCAUCCUGCCGCUGCCUGGACAGAGUGAGGAUCGGCUCUGUGUGAACUUCAAGGGCUCUCAGGGGCCCAUGGAGCUGCUCUCGGACCCUGAGCAAGGGCUCCAGGUGACGGGCCAGUAUGAGGCGCAGAAGGGCCGCUUCUCCUGGAUCAAGGUGACCUUCAAGAACCUCCAGCUGCAGGUUCACGCGACCCCCGAGCAAGUGGUGGUGACACGGGAUCGCAGGAGCUCGGCCUACCAGUGGAAGGACACACUGUUCUCCAUGAUGCCCGGCAUGAAUAUGACCAUGGACAAAGAGGGGCUCCUUCUGCUCAGUAUCCCGGAUGGAGUGACCGUGGGCCUGCGGCUGUGGCACGGUCCCAGGAAGGGCCUGCGGCUCCUUCUGCGGGACACUGACCGAUUCUCCAGCCAUGUCGGUGGGACCCUUGGUCAGUUUUACCAGAAUGUGGUCUGGGGCCCCCCAGAAGAGGCAGAUGACAGCAAGCGCACACUGACCGUACAGGGACAGGAACUCUCUGCCCACAGGGAGCAAAAGUUGGAUUACCAGGAGGGGCCCCCGGGAGCAGAGAUCUCCUGCUGGUGUGUGGAGCUGUAGUUUCCUCUGAAGACUGUGCCAAUCCCCCCCAGACCUCUAUGUCAUCCUGUGGCCACCUGUGGGGCCUGGACUGUGGCGGGUGCGACGCCCCCUCCCAAUACUAAUUAAAAUAGGCAGAGUGAGCCCA